UUGGAAAGAAGUUGUAAGCGUCCCAGUCCCACUGAAUGGAUUAUUAUGGAUUAUUGUUUGCCUCCUGGAUAUGAAUCAGAAGAAACUCAUCAUUGGGGACUAGUCUUUGGGAGGAUGGCUAGCCGCGGCUAGCCCGUUGUCAUCCAUCCACGGACUCUGCAAAACACUCCAGGACCCGAAACCUCCCAGAGCUCUGACUUUCGGUGGCAGAUCUCCGAGUGUUGGGCUGAUCUGCUGCAGACAGCCUGGCAGGUGUUCGGGUCCUGGUAGGUGUCGGGUGGCAGAAGGUUAGAUGUGAAAGAAACAGAAGGGAUGGUGAACUCCUGCGAUGGAGUUUCUCUUCAGCCUCUUCUUCGCAUGGCGAGCUGCGCAGCUGCCGCGCAGCUGGCGCGUGCGGAGCGGAUAGACAUCCAACGAGAUCUCGCUGAUCUUGCUUUAGCAGCUGCGGAAUGUGUGGAGCACGCGCCAGCAGGCACGGCGUUGAUGCAGUGCGUGGCCCAGCGGAGUCCAGGGCCCAAUUGGUGGCUGCCGAAGUCCAUGUAUGACGAGGCGCUGCGCAACGCCAGUUGCACCGCCGCCUCUGGCAGCAUCCCCCUGCAAGUGGAGCAGCCUUGCACCAGUUGCGGAGAAGACAAGACGGAGAAGUCCACCGUCGAGGCAUGUUUCCUGGUCAUCCUCCUGGCGGAGACGAUUCUGCUGCGUCACGUUCUACACCUCAUCACAGAAGUGUCCCGCCACCAGGGGCCGGUCUUGAUCCAUUGCAAUUCCGGACACCACCGUUCGGUGCUGGCUGUGGCGUCGUGCCAUCUUGCACGCUGGCUGGCCAAACGGGAGAUGAGUGAUGAAGAGGUGUUGCCUUUGCUGUCCGGGAACAAGAUCUACCGGCCGCCGCCGGAUCCAGUGGUCCUCUGGAAGCGCUUCGCAUCGCCCCAUGAAUGCGACGCGUUGCUAGAGCUGGCCGGCGGCCUGCCACACCUUCCUGCCUUGGCUGCGGGAGCGCCACAAGGCACCAUCAGGAGGUCAUUGAGCAAAGCUUUGCACUGGGACCACCACCCCCAACUCGCAGCCUUCCAAGCAAGGAUGCUGGCGGCCGCGCAGAACUGGACCGGAGAAGACCGUUUGGAUCCGUCCGUCCUGGCCAUUGGAGAGCCGAUGAACCUGGCGGCGUAUUUGAAUCCAGGCGACGAGUACCGCAGCCACUGCGACGGACGCUGCGGCGCACGGCCGAGCGCGCAGGAUCGGAUCGCGACCAGCAUCAUCUACUGCCAAGUGGCCGACGAAGGUGGUCAUACCACCUUCUCGAAUGGUCAUUUGAAGAUCGUGCCAGAGCAAGGCGACAUGUUGACCUUUGGAUACCUGGUGGAUGGGCGAAUCAGCUUAGAGGAGCACAGCGCGUGCCCUGUGCGACGUGGGCAGAAGUGGAUUGCCACCCAAUGGUAUCGAGCAGCGGGGAGCUACGCGACCGCCGCCAGAGCCGCCGAAGCGGAAUUCUGCGCGGAAUCGGAGAAAAGGAUCGAUGGUGACGGUCGCGCUGAACGCGCGGUUUCGUGUUAAGUCUAGAUCUAUCCCCUGGAAGCGCGGUUUAGUGGAGUUUUAUUUUGUUUGUAGGGCUUCUUUACUAAU